CUUUCAAAUAUAUAUAAAAUAUAUCGCUCUACUUAGCGUCACUAACGCUUCAAGUUGACACAGUGCUUAUAUAACGAAGGUCAUGAAGAGUAGAUAUCACCAACCACAGUUCUAAACCGAUUCUUAGUCAAACUGUUCAUACAGACAUACAGAUUAAGUGUGAAAUUGUGCCGUGAGCAUGAACCUACCACUUCUCUUUGGUGCUGGGCUGUGUUUUAUAUUCUGGUUAUAUAUAAAAUGGUUGAAAAUCAAGAGGUACUGGGCGGACCGUGGCGUUCCUCAUCUAACUCCAGUUCCAGUGCUAGGCAAUCUCACAUUCAUCCAGAGAGAAAAUGCUGGCCUUUGGUUUCGUCGAAUGAACCAACAGUUGAAAAGCCCGUACAUAGGCAUCUGGAUCCUCUGGAGACCUGGUAUCGUUAUCAACUCUUCAGAAAUUGCUCGCGACAUCCUAAUCAAGAAUUUUGGCAACUUCCGGAAUCGCUUCUUAAGCAGUGGCGAAACUGACCCUAUCGGAGGUCUUAAUUUGUUCACAGUAAAUGAUCCUAUCUGGUCCACGAUGCGAAAACAUCUUAGCGGCGUGUUCACAACCUCCAGGCUUAGGAUUCUUCAAGACUUAAUGCAAACCAAAGCUAAGGAAUUGGUUCAGAGGAUCCACAACGACCGCGACAUUAAGAUUCAUCUUAAGAGAAUGUACGUAGAUUACACGACCGAUAUAAUUGGUUCAUCUGCCUUUGGUGUUAAAAGCGACGCGACCCUCACAGGUGUCGGACCUCUUAGGGAUGUCACAAAUGACUUCGCAACAUUUAACCUCUAUAGAGGUAUCUCAUGGUUUAGCAUAUUCUUUUUUCCAGAAAUUACCAACUUUUUUAGAUUUAAAUAUUUUCCAAGGACUGCAACGAAAUAUUUUAAGGAAAUAUUUAAUUCCGUAACACGACAACGUAAAACAAAUCAAAGAGAUGCUAAAGAUCUACUUGAAAUUUUGAUUAAAAUUCAACAAGAAAAUGAAGGUUACUCAGACGACGUUAUAAUUGCUCAAGCUGCUAUUUUCUUAUUCGGUGGCUUUGAAACUUCAGGAACGGCUUUGACGUUCAUUACAUAUGAACUGGCCUAUAAUCCUAUAUUUCAGGAUAAAUUAUAUCAAGAAUUAUUAGAAGCUGCGCAACAAAAUGAGAGCGAAAAUUUUGAUACAAACAUACUAUCAAAUUUAACAUAUCUUAAUUGUGUUAUUAAAGAAGGUCUUCGAAAAUAUCCAACAAUGGGUUGGAUCGACAGAAUAGCCGCGAAAGACUACAACAUAGAUGAAAAAUUAACAAUAGAAUCUGGUACCGUUGUUUAUAUCAAUAGUAUUGGGAUGCAUUAUGACCCUAAAUACUUUCCUGAGCCUCACAAGUUCGAUCCUGAUAGAUUUCUACCAGAAAACAAAUCUAAAAUCGAACCAUACUCCUAUCUCCCGUUUGGAGACGGACCAAGAGGCUGCAUUGGCAAAAGAUUCGCUUUUAUGACAAUGCAAUUUGCCUUGGCGUCAGUCCUACUUAAUUACAACAUAAAACCUUGUCCGAACAUGCCCAAGCCUGCAGAUAUUAAGAUGGAUAAGUGUGGGUUAUUGUUACUGCCCGGAGAAACGUUGAACGUUGAAUUCAUUCCAAGAAAAUAAUAUAAGCUAAUGAUAUUUAUUAGCAUUAUUUAAAUAAACAUCUGAUAAAAGGUU